AGCAGCGCGUGGGAAGCAAAAAGCCCAGACCUGCGGAGCAGAAAGCACCAGCUGCAGAGGCAGGCCGGCAUGGCUCCCACUUUCAAACUUCAGUGUCACUUCAUUCUGAUCUGUCUGAUGGCUCUACGAGGGGAGAGCCGGUACCUGGAGCUGCGGGAAGCUGUGGACCACGACCCCUUCCUACUCUUCAGCGCCAACCUGAAGCGGGAGCUGCCGGGGGAGCAGCUGUACCGCCGCGCUAUGCGGUGCCUGGACAUGCUGAGCCUCCAGGGCCAGUUCACCUUCACCGCGGACCGGCCGCAGUUGCACUGCGCCGCCUUCUUCAUCGCAGAGCCUGAGGAGUUUAUCACCAUCCACUACGAACUGGUCUCCAUCGACUGUGAGAGCGGGGACUUCCUGAAGGUAUUUGAUGGUUGGAUUCUCAAGGGGGAGAAGUUCCCCAGUUCCCAGGAUCACCCUCUCCCCAUGACUGAGCGGUACAUAGAUUUCUGUGAGAGUGGUCUUAGCAGAAGGAGCAUCAGAUCCUCCCAGAACGUGGCCAUGAUCUUCUUCCGGGUCCAUGAACCAGGAAAUGGGUUCACAUUAACCAUAAAGACAGAUCCUAACCUCUUUCCCUGCAAUGUCAUCUCCCAGACCCCAAAUGGAAGGUUCACUCUGGUCGUGGCACAUAAGCAUCGCAACUGCAGCUUCUCCAUAAUUUAUCCUGUGGUGAUCAAAAUAUCUGAUCUCACCCUGGGACACUUAAAUGGUCUGCAAUUAAAGAAGCCCUCAGCAGGUUGUGUGGGAAUAGGAGACUUUGUGGAGCUGCUGGGUGGAACUGGACUGGACCCUUCCAAGAUGAUGCCUUUAGCUGAUCUCUGCUAUCCUUUUCACGGCCCUGCCCAGCUGAAAAUUGGCUGUGACCACACGGUGGUGCGCAUGGUCUCCAGCGGAAAACAUGUAAAUCGUGUGACUUUUGAAUACCGCCAGCUGGAACCAUACGAACUGGAAAACCCGAAUGGAAACAGUAUCCAGGAAUUCUGUUUAUCUACUCUUUGAAUACCCAAGCCAAUGAUUUCCAUGC